CAUGCCCGGCCGUUUCAACUAGGACUGGCCUGACGAUCAUACAAACGCCGAAUACCAGAUUAGUGCAGCUGUGUGGGGGCUACAAAAAUCCAGCCAUCUCAUUUCGUUCGAGAACUCCUGUUCCCCUCCAACGAGCCGAUACAACUCUCUCCUACGCAGGUUUUGGUAGGGCUAUUAUUCCUGCAAUCGUGAGCGACCACAUUCCCCCAUCCCCAUAGAAAGCAUAUUCCCAUCCUCUCGUUCGAUCAUAUCAUGUCAAGCGCUGGAGGAAGCGAACUAUCGAGGAAGCCAAAGGUCCUAAUUGCAUGCUUUGAUGGUACGGCAGCAUCUUAUGACGCGAAGAAUUCGAAUGUCGUAAAGUUCGUCUCAUUGUUAAAGAAAGAUACAGAUAUCCAACUCUGCUAUUACCAGGCCGGUGUUGGGACGUAUUUUGCUCCUGGAGUGGUGUCCCCCAUGUUCAUUUGGCUUGCGAAGAUCUUGGAUGAGGCAUUUGCAUGGUACCUGGACGCCCAUAUUAUGGAGGGUUACAGGUUCUUGAUGGAAAAUUACCUGCCUGGCGAUAAGAUUUGUCUUUUCGGCUUUUCUCGAGGAGCAUAUGCCGCACGUGCGUUAGCAGGAAUGUUGCACAAGGUUGGACUGCUUCCAAAAUCCGACCUCCAACAAAUUUGCUUUGCCUAUAAUGCAUAUAAGCAGACUGGUGUACAGGCAGAUGCGCUUGCUGCAGGAUUUAAGCAGACAUUUUCGCGUGUCGUCCAGGUGGAGUUUGUAGGGGUCUGGGAUACCGUACAAAGCACUGGGGUUCUCUGGAGCCAGAGACUGCCAUUCACAGACUCCAACUCCUUGAUCAAGACAUUUCGCCACGCUUUGGCUCUCGACGAGCACCGCGUUAAAUUCAUACCAGAUCUUUACCGUCGGUCUCAGACAGAUACACCUGAUCCGGAAUUUGUCGAGUUGUCAAAAUUAUCUGAAGCUGUUACAGUUUUGGAAGACAGUGUUUCCGACGGUAUUGGUUCGCUGCGAAAUAAGCUCCUUCAAACUAUGAAACGUGCGAAGAAGUUCAUGGGGAAGUUUCAAGGGCUGAAGCGUGGUUUCACCAAGACAAUCUUGCGCCGGCGAAGCAACAUCGAGAUUGUUUCUGAGAAGCCUGUGGAAACUACCGUCGUUAAGGAUCAGACAAGUGUGCAAGUGCUUGACAUCCCUGACAUAGAGCCGACACUGCCAUCAGAUGUUAUGGAAGUCUGGUUUUCCGGAUGUCAUACUGACAUAGGUGGCGGAGAUGUUGAGAACUCUGUCGAGGUCUCGUUGGCACAAGUCACUCUUCACUGGAUGGUUGAGCAGGUCAUCCUGUCUAACUGUGGCAUUGUUUUUGAUGAAGAAGCUCUUGAGCGUGUCGGCAUGCCAUUAUCGAGCUUUCCUCCUUCGCAAACGCCUCCUGCUAUUGAGGAUCCGACCGGCAAGUCACAACUGAUGACGGACAAUUCUUGUUCGAGCGCUGCGUCUAUCGACGUUGUAUCGCCUUUUACAGAAGUAGCCUCACCUGCCCCUUCCAGCCCUCCUGCUGGUUCACCCACUGCACCCCCAAUCCCAAAUCCCCAAACUUGCGAUGCUCUAGCUCCUUUGUUUGACCAGCUGCAGAUCCAAAAAGCUUGGUGGCUUCUUGAGAUCCUGCCCCUUCCAUGUGUGUGGCAAGAUGCGCAUGGAAAAUGGCACACAAAAUGGCGGAUCCAUCUGGGUAAAGGUCGUGUUAUUCCCUACCGGCAUCCCAAGUUUCAUUCAUCCGUCAAGGAGCGUAUGGACUACGCGCCCUUGAAGUACAAGCCACGAUCGAUAUACCUACGCGACCAAGUAGCUUUUGUGUGAUGACGAUGACGACUCGACCUCCAUACGACCUCUAUCCAUGGUAGAAAUCUUUAGACCCAUAACACGAGUGUGCUUGAGGAUAUUCCCUGUAAUAUUCCAAGACCUCGAUAUAUCGGACUUGUUUAUAACUUGU